AUGAAAAAUAGUAAUCAUUUAACAUGUUUAGAAAAUCUUCCUAAUGAGAUAUUUACGUUCGAUAUUUUUCCUUUAUUUUCAUGGCAAGAAUUAUAUCGUAUUUUUUUCGGUUUAAAUCAACGUUUUAGUACCAUUCUCAAAACUUCAAAUCAUCUAAAUUUUACUGUUGAUGAAUCAAAUAAACAUCAUCCAGCUCUUACAUUUUUUAACUCAUGCAUCAUAUGUCUCAAAGUGUGUCUUGGACAAUUUGAUAUUACACCAUUUUUAGCACUUCGUUCAUUAACUCUUCAAUAUCCAAGUUUACAACAACGAAAUUCAAUUCGUCCAGAAAAUUUUCCUUAUCUUGAAUAUUUAAAUCUAUCUUAUCCACUUGAAGAUUCGAUUCUUUUAAAUUUGAUUUUUUCCAAUGGAUUUAAAUAUUUAAAAAACUGUAAACUCGAUCAAACAACUACUAAUUAUUCUUGGCAUGGUUCUCCAAAACUUCGUUCAUUAUCGAUCAGUGUUCAUAAUUUAUACGGAAUUAUUUGUGUACUUCAUGCUUGUCCAAAUAUAUUUCGAUUGAAUAUUAUCGUAUAUGAUAAACCGCAAAAUAAUAUUUCUUUUACACUCCAUUCUAGUUUUAGUUUGGAUUUAAUUCAAUAUCUUUUUAUUCGUUCAACAUUCGAAAUAUUUACUUCAAUUUUAACAUUUAUGCCUAAUCUUAAAUCCCUCACUUUUGAUAAUAGACAAUACAGUGAUAAUAAAAGUCCAGAAUUAAUUUUGACCAGUUUAGCUAAAGUUCUUACAAAUCUUCGUCAACUCGAUUACGUCUAUUUUACAAUAAACACUUCAAUCUGGAAUGGAGAUAGAAAUCAACAAACUUUGCAUCCACUCUUUCGAAACGUUCGAGGUACUGGAACUUCUAUAAUUAUUGCAUCGAAUUAG